AGACUAGUUACGUCGCGGUUGUUAACUCGAAACGACAGACCGGUUCGCAAUGAAAAUAAACAAAACCGUUGCAGUAUCAAGAUAAUAUAUCUUUCAGUUAAUACAAGAUAAUGAAUUGAGUUAAUGUGACGUCGAGACUAGUACAAUGUUACGCGUAAAGAAGUUGGUUUUAUUCACACUAUUUGCAAUGAAUCUGAUUGAUCAGCCAGCUCCGGAGAUUACCAUCGAGCAAGGCACUUUGAUCGGUAAAGUCAACUCAGAUGGAACUAUUUUUGAAUACAUGGGCGUACCGUAUGCGUCAUUUAACAGUACAACUCGUUUUCAAGGUCCUCUGCCUCCACCAUCAUGGGAAGGUGUUUACCGAGCAGUAGAUGAGAUGUACUCAUGUCCACAAGUCACAAGAUAUGGAGUAGUAGGAUCAGAAGACUGCUUGAAGGCUAAUAUUUACGUACCUGUUAAAGCAACAGGACCACUGCCAGUUAUGGUCUUCAUACACGGUGGAGCAUUUGUUUUUGGGAGUGGUGGAAAACUUCUACUGGGACCAGAGUUCCUCGUAAAGCACAAUGUGAUUUUAGUCACUAUUAACUAUAGACUUGGUGCUCUUGGCUUUCUUUGUUUGGGUAUUGAAGAAGCUCCUGGCAACGCUGGACUUAAAGAUCAAAUAGCAGCGUUAAGAUGGAUAAAGAAGAAUAUAGCUGCUUUUGGCGGAGAUCCCGACAAUAUAACAGUUUUCGGUGAAAGUGCUGGUGCAACUUCUACGUCUAUAUUAAUAGCUAGUGAAGCUACAAAUGGUUUAUUUAAUCGAGCUAUUAUACAAAGUGGUUCAUCGAUUACUAAUUGGUCGUUAAAUAAAAAACCUAUUUGGGUUGCUAGUCUCCUAACUAAAGAAUUAGGCUAUAAUACAGAAGAUCCCUACGAAAUAUAUGAUAUAUUAUCAAAGCUGCCAUACAAUAAACUUAUAAGUUUAAAACCUCCAAAACCUUUAGGAUUAUAUUUUGAUACGCAACUAUUGCAUAUUCCAUGUAUCGAAAAACCAUUACCAGGGAUAGAACCUGUACUGACUGAUUUACCUUAUAACUUAUUAUUAAAGAAACCUAAGAAUAUAUCUGUGAUAUAUGGAUCAAAUAGUAAAGAAGGUUAUUUCUUAGUUGCGAGGGAAUCGCCUGAAACAUUACAAGUAAGAAAUACGCAUUACUUGUUUGCUUCUGAUCUGACAUUUGAAAAUGAAGACAUAGCUGCGAAGGAGGCAAUAAAAGUGAAAGAAUUUUAUUUUGGAAAUGAACUUAUCAGUCAAGAUACUAUUUCGAAGCUGGUUGACAUUUAUACAGAACUUUACUUCGAGAUUCCAACUAUACUAGAAACUGAUAUAAUGAUCGCUGCAAAUAAUACAUCAGUUUACAAUUAUUAUUUCGAUUACAGUGGAAAACGAAACCUACUGAAAUACGCAACGCCUUUUAAAAAUCAUGACGGUGCAUGUCAUGCUGACGAAUUGUUUUAUUUAUUUAAUUCGAGGAUAUGGCCGUUUCCAAUCAGUCAGAGGGAUCAAAAGAUAGUUAACUGGCUUACGAAAUUAUGGACAAAUUUUGCUAAAUACGGAGACCCUACACCGAAUUUCAAGUCAGAUUUACCCGUCAGAUGGACACCCAGCAAUAAAGAAAGUAAAAAGUUUUUAUACAUCAAUGAUGAACUGAAUAUGGGCCCUUUGCCGAAUGCAGAUUCAUAUCAUUUAUGGAACUACAUAUACAAUAAUUAUAGGAUAACUGAUAAAAGACAUUAUUUAGAAUAAAUUUCUUCUUAUUCGA